AUGGAGGAGAGGUGUAGCUCGAGAGCUUCGGGAACAACCUACCACAGCUUCAACGACACUGAACUGUUUGUUGAGCCCCCACGGCCUCCCGUCACAUAUGACAGCAAGAGUCUCCAGCAGCUUGAGCACCUCCAGCUCGAGCUGCAACGACAGCAACGCGAGGCUCUGAACAGAGAGCAGCAGGCACGACGUCCGGGCACGGCUACAAAGAUGCAGAGGCAGGACUCGGGAUACGAGUCCAACACGCCUCCUCGACGUGCAUCAACCUCCAACACCUCCAGCUCCAACUCUCGUCCCUCGGUCGCCCGCCGCUCGUCUAAUGGUUCAUCCAAGGACAGCAGCGUCGGAGGAGUCAGGUCACGCUUCCGCAAUCGUCCUUCACUUCGUCGCGCAGCCAACACGACGCAUCCUGUUCAGGCUGCCCGCACAAGCAACCAAUCUCUUCACCUCGUCCGCACAAACACGGCAACUCAACAACCCGCUGCCUUCUUCCACUUCCCAUCCCCGGACCCCGUCCAGCUCGCCGACGCCGCCCCCGAGGUCGACACGGCCCCGACGCCCGUCCCUUCGCCGCCUCCCCAGACGACGCAUUACUGGACGAGCGACCGCACGCGCCGUCUCGAGUACGCGGCCAUCGACGCUGCGACCCGAGGCGUCAAGGGCUGGAUCAUGAGACAUCUUGUGCCAGACUGCUUCGUGUCUCACGAGAACCGGCACGUGUCCUUCGACGACGACUCGGGCAGCGUGCGGCGGUACAGGCUGGAGCUCGAGGACGAUCGCGAUGAAAAGGUGGCUGGCGACAAGCCUGUGCGUCGACGCAAGGGAUGGCGUUUCUGGCGCCGCCGCAAGGUCGAGGCCCAACCUGCCGCCUACAUUUGA